GGUGUCUAUCAUGUUUUAUUUGGGUCCUUGAUUAUCAUGGUUCUUCUUUAGAUUAAUAUGUUUCCGCUGAUCAAAGAAAAAUAAAUUCUACUUCAUUUUUGGUUUUGAUAUACAUAUAGAAAGAGAGACGGAGGGAGGGAGAAACACAGAGACGGAGAUAUGUUGCAGAGAGCCGCAAGUAAUGCUUAUUCAUGGUGGUGGGCUAGCCACAUCAGAACUAAGCAAUCAAAAUGGCUAGAACAAAACUUACAAGACAUGGAUGAGAAGGUGAAAGUCACUUUAAAACUCCUUCAAGAUGAUGGAGAUUCCUUUGCAAAGAGAGCAGAAAUGUACUACAGAAAGAGGCCAGAACUAAUAAACUUUGUCGAAGAAUCUUUUCGACAAUACAAGGCAUUAGCUGAGAGAUAUAAUCACAUCUCAGGAGAAUUGCAAAAUGCUAACAACACAAUUGCAACUGUUUUCCCCGAACAAGUUCAGUUCGCAAUAGAAGACGAUGACGAAGAUAGCUGUACCCCAAGAGCUCCAGCUCGGCAACACAAAUUAGACCCUGGUAAACUCGUGAAGAACCCUCCACCUGAACCGCCAAAAAAGGAAAUGCCAAAAGUUCCAAAGAUCCCGAAAAAAGAUGUAAAGGGUUUGCUCACUUUACCUACCAAGAGAGUACAAGCCAAGACUAUUCCUUCCCCAACUACAACAGGUACUAAUUCUAGGAUGUCCAAAGCUGAGGCACUUGAACAGAUAGAUAAGCUUCAGAAAGGGAUACUAGCUUUACAGACUGAGAAGGAAUUUGUCAAGGGCUCAUAUGAAAGUUCGCUCGCUAAGUUUUAUGAAAUCGAGAAGCAGAUUGGAGAAAUGCAAGAUGAAGUGUGCAACUUACAAGACGAGUUCCGUGUGAACACGUUUAUUGAGGAUGACGAGGCUCGGAGUUUGAUGGCCGCAACUGCUUUAAAGUCAUGUCAGGAGAGCCUGGAUAAGCUGCUGGAGAAACAAAAUGUAUCUGUUGAAGAUACGAGAGUAGAACACAAAAGGAUUAAGGAAGCAAUAGAGAAGUUUGAGAAGCUGAAACUUGCUUUACUCCCUAAUCAAAGCGAUCAACAGAAGCUACCCGACAAAGGAAAAUCCUUGGCUGCUAAUUCGAGCUUGAACAGUUUGGAGGAAGUAGCUCAGAAUAUUAGUCAAGGCACAAAGGAACUAGAGUCAAUCCGCAAGAAAAUCAGAGAGCAUAUUGAAACAGAUACAAAUUCAUCUAUCACUGUGACAGAAUUUGCGGAGAAGAUAGAUAAACUCGUAACAAAAGUCAUUAGCUUGGAAACUGCAGUUUCAUCUCAGAAUGCUCUAAUGAAAAGAUUAAAAUCAGAGACAACUGAGCUUCAUACGCACUUGGAUCAAUUGGAGGAAGAAAAAUUGACCCCUACAAAGGACUUGGAGGGCUUAGCUGAAAAGCUAAGGAAGUUGGAGGUGGAACUCCAUGAUGUUCAAGAUGUCAACAAAAAUAUUGAAAACCAAAACAAUAACCUUCAAACACAUUUUAUUGAAGCGCGUUGUAACCUUGAUCAUCUAACAGAGAAAUUACAAAGUGUGAGAUAUGAGGAAGAGGAGGUAGAAGACGAGGACGAAGAGGAGGAUGAGGAAGAGGUUGAAACACCUACUGAUCCAGUGCAAACAGAAAAAGUGACGGCAGAUUCACUACAAACCGAAAAAACUGCAGAUUCAUUACUGACAGAAAAACGAAUGCCAGAUUUGGAGCAAAUAGGAGAUACUACUGCGACUUCCUUACAGGCAGAAGUGGCCACUCCAGUCGAGGCCGUAUCAACUCUCAAUGUGGAGUCACAUAAUGAUCUUGUAAAGGGAGAAGACACCGCCAACUCAAGGGAUGAUUUGAAGGCCAAGAUAACAGUAACAGAAAUGGGGAAAGGUGUCGAUGAUGUUACAACUGAUCAGAAAACCAGCCACAAACGAUCAACAACUCAGAUCAAUUUUGAAGGUUUGUCAGAAAAGAAGGAAUGUGAUAAUCAAGGUAUUAAUGGAUCGGAAGUCAUCCAUGAAGGAUCCAAGACCCAGGCUGAUAUCGAAGCCGCCUCCCAAAAACACGAGAAACCAAAUGAGCUUGAUGAUGUUGAAAAUACAGAGUUGUCCAAAACUGGAGUUCCUGAUCUAGAUGUGGAAUUGCAGGAGCAAGAGGACGACCAAGAUCCAACUAUAGACUGGAAGAAAAUACUCUUACAUGGAUUGGAAGACAGGGAGAAACUUCUAUUAUCUGAAUACACUUCAAUUCUUCGGAACUAUAAAGAUGUUAAGAAGAAACUCACAGAAGUGGAGAAGAAACAUAGAGAAUCUCUUUUUGAAAGAAUAAUGCAAGUAAGGGAUUUGAAGAAUUCCAAUGCUACAAAGGAUGACGAAAUUCGAGCUUUACGCCAGAAACUGAACUUAAUGCAACAAAGUUUUGAAGGAAGUGCUGAUACUCGUGUAGAUGAAGGUAAAGGUUCACAGAUGAAUAAAUCUCGUGACAGCACAGAGGAAAGGUCGGGUGCAGAUGGUUCCAUGAAUUCAGAUAAUCUAAAUGUUGAAGCCCCAACAAGAACAGAAAAGACUGCAGAAACUCAUGGAGAAGAACAAGAAGAGAGCAAGAUGCUUAUUGUUGAUGAACCUCACGUUCUUUCAACCAUCGAAGAAAAAUUCAGAAAAGAUAUUGACGAACUUUUGGAGGAAAACCUCGAGUUUUGGUUAAGAUUCAGUACAUCAUUUCACCAAAUCCAAAAGUUCCAAACUUCAAUUCAAGAUUUACAAACUGAACUUUCACAACUGAAAGAUAAAAAGAAGCAAGAAGGAAGUUCUAAAGAGGGCAAGGAAAGUACUUCAGAUCGACCAGAACGCUUGGAUCGGUCAGAAAGAUCAAGCCGAUCUCUUAAAUCAGAUGCAAGGCCGAUCUACAAGCACCUGAGAGAGAUACAGACGGAAUUAACUGUCUGGUUGGAAAAGAGCACAUUACUGAAAGAUGAGCUGCAAUGUAGAUUUUCAUCUCUGUGUGACAUACAAGAAGAGAUAUCAAAAGUAUUGAAGAUGGGUUCCAGCAAGACUACUUCGGACGACAUUGAAUUGACCAGUGUGCAGGCAGCAAAAUUCCAAGGGGAAGUUCUGAACAUGAAACAAGAGAAUAACAAAGUUGCAGAUGAACUUCAAGCUGGUUUAGAUCAUGUAAAUAGUCUGCAGUUGGAUAUUGAGAAGACCUUAGCUAAACUGAAUGAUGAAUAUAAGUUUUCUGGGUCAAGUAAGAGUGCGUCAGGGAAGCAGUCCAGUGGAAAGCCUCGCAUUCCUCUGCGGUCAUUCCUAUUCGGAAGUAAACCAGCCAAAAAGAAACCAUCAAUCUUCUUGUGCAUCAACCCAGCAUUACACAGACACCAUAACCACAACAGUACUGAUUUAGCAGAUGGAUUACCCCCUAUAUAGAUGUGAUUUCGUGUUUUUAUUGUGUCUUUUUUGUAAAUUAUUUCAAAGGUGAGACGUAUUUGUUCCUGCUUACGUUGUACUUCUAACCAAACCUCCAAUUAAACAUCAUUUUCUCAU